AUGGACGGACACCAAAAUCCCUCCAAUGACACCACAGGUGCCGGUGAAGGCCCUGCCCCGAAAAAACCCUGUCUUGUUGAGACGCCUAUCCCAGGGACCCCAGACAACGGCAGCGAUUUCUAUAACACUCCCUUGGCUGCAGGUACCCCAGACACGGGUAUAACUAGCCUAAAUGCUGGAAAUAGCGCAGCCGGCCCAUCUGCUUCCUCGAAGCCAAGCCAUAUGAUCCCCGGAUUGAACCUUAUUCACCACGCAUCCGGACAAGAAAAUGGCUCGCUCUUGACCGAACACACAAUCAAGCAAGAGCAAGAUCAACUAGUGAACCAAGAAACAGGGACAGAAACUAAGCAAGAGCAAACUCAGCAUAUUUCCCAGCCCGAGUCCACCGAGGCAGUGAUGAAGGAGGAUCCAGAGGCGCAAAUCAAAAACGAACCCACUGCUCUCCUCAACGGAGCUAUGGAUGUCGCGCAAGAUACAUACCAAGGCAAUAUGAUUGAAGCUACUGAUCGGGCUGGGGACGCCGACGAAGAUGACCAUCCUGAGUGGGAGGAAGACUCUUCCCCGUACGAGUCAUCUUCAGACAGCUCUGACUCCUCAGACUCCGAUGAUAGUGACGACGAAGACUAUCCCAUCCUUAGCGCCGAGGAGCAAGCACAGAUUCUCAUGCGGGCCGAAGGUGGUUCUGACGAUGAGGGAGACGGUAAGGGAAAACCAGGCGGACAACUGCGGACCACCAACGAGAUCGAACAAGAGAUCCUACCUAUCCCUGACAUUAAGAUUACCCCCGAGAUGAAGAUUGUGUUCCUUGGCAAAGUUCAUGCCGCUAUCGAUAACAAUGUUCUUAUCGAGGCUAAUACCUCUGGAGAAUAUCAGGUACUUGAGUCGGGCUCCUUGCUCUGCUCUGAUGAUCGCCAGAUCAUUGGUGUAGUAGCAGAGACCCUGGGCAGAGUGGAAAAUCCUCUGUAUACCGUCACAUACGCCACAGCCUCCGAAGUUCAGGAAAAGGGCUUGGUCAAGGGCAAGGAUAUAUUUUAUGUUGAGGAACACUCAACCUUUGUGUUCACCCAGCCGCUCAAGGGCCUGAAGGGAAGUGAUGCUUCCAACUUCCACGACGAGGAAGUUGCCGCCGAAGAGAUGGAAUUCUCCGACGAUGAAGCGGAGGCUGAGUACAAGCGGAAAUUGAAGCAGAAGCGACAAGAGCGAAAGGAAGCCAGGGAAGGCCCCAGAGGCAAGAAACCAGCCCCAGGACCUUCAAAAUUGAACCAGACCGAGCUGAACUACGACGAUGCCGGAGGUGAGGAGGGCUACACCCCUCUUGCCCGCCCUACCAACCUCCACGAGAUGAUGAAUACCCGCGAGCCACCCGUUGAAGGCAACGAGCGUGGCGGGUUCCGUGGCGGAAGAGGUCGUGGCCGGGGUAGUGACCGGGGUGACCGUGGACGCGGUGGACGAGGCAGAGGUGGACGUGGAGGAAGGGAAUGGGACCAGGACCGUCGUUCCCAGCAGGCUGGCUCAACCCAAGAGCCCCAACCCCAGCCUCAAGCCCAACCCGCUGCUCCCUACGGCCAGCCAAUGUACCAGCAGCCCCAGCAGCCAUACGGAAUGCCCCUGUCCUUUGCCCCAUAUGCGCAAUACGCACAGCAGCAAGCGCAGAACCCGCAGCAGCCACAAUUUGGCCAAGGUGGAGCGCAACCACAGAUGCCGUACCAGUUCCCUCCAUAUGCGGCCUUCCAACAACAACAACCCAAUAACUUCCAGAACAUGCAGCAGGGUGCUCCUCAAUACAAUCCUCAACAUAUGGCUAUUUUGCAACAACAGCAACAAUUCCUGCAGCUUCUGCAACAGCAGCAGCAGUAUCAACAGUCUCAGCAGAAUUACCAACAACCUCAGCACCAGUCUCAGCCUCAGCACCAGCAACAACAGCAUCAGCCUCCCCAGGGCCAAGCUCCGGCUAUGAACUUUGAUCAAGUUAAGGCCCAGCUGGAUCUGCUGCGAAACCUGCAUGGUGGGAACCAGGGUGCUCCUCCUUCCUGA